CGUUUCUUUCUUUUUGGUUAGCAGCGCGCUUUUUUCUUUUUCAGUUUUGGAAGACAGAGAAAAGAAACCAAACUGCUCCUUCUUCCUCUUCUCUUCCUAUCCCUCUCUCUCUUCUCUUCUUUCCAUUCUGCCGUCCACCCCCAUAUCACCAACCAUCCAUAUCUCAUAUUAUGACUCUAUCAUCAUCAUUAAUAAUAAUAAUACUACCAUAAUAGCAUACACAUAGAACAACAGCACUCAUACCCGACCACCAUUAGCUCAUUGACCCUUGGCUAAAACCUCACCAUCACCAUUCUGCCCAAUCUCAGUCGCUCUCAUUCCCCACACACACACACACAACACAGCACCCGCCAUGGCAGUAAUACACCAGCAACGAGUGGGAAUUCUCUUCUGUGCCACCCUCACCUGCUUUUUCCUCGUCAUAACGUCUUUUUUUGCAUGGUCAUCCCACCUGAAAGCAGCACCCAAAAGCACAAAACAUCCGCAUCCAACCAUACCUCUUAUCGACUAUCUGGAUGCCACUCAGCUUGCAGACAGUGGUUCGUCGUCUCGACUUUGGUCACAAUCUUGGUAUUCAGUGAGCAGCAACAAGAUCAUCUACAACAACGGCAACAACAAAGAAUUAGAACAUCAACAAAAUUUAAGCGACAUUGUUGAAUUCGCACAUACAGUACAGCUUGGUGACGAAUCACGGCCUUCGGUCACGGCCAUUGUUUUAUAUAAUAACGACAUGAUUCAGCAACAAGUGACUGCCAUACAGUCGCAAUCUGUUGUACCAGAUUUCGUUUGGAUUGUAUGUGCAACAGAGGACGAGCAAGUUGUGCUACAACAACAACAGAUUCUUCCAAAGAACGCAGAAAUAUGGAUUGGAGAUGUACGACGGAUACGGUCUAGCACGGAUUACGUUUGGAUCAUUGACAAGGAUGUUUUGCCUGGCCACCGGUACCUGGAAUUGCUCUUGAAGCUGGCUCAAACGCGCACCUAUCGUGAAACUCUUUUGGGACCUGGCAGCAAGCUUGCUCUCGUUGACUCGAGCGAAAGCUCCGCUGUUUCUUGCGAACCUGUAGACGGACAUCAGUUUGUCGAUGUUGUCAACAGCGCGUGGUUGCUACGUUCCGAAUGGCUGUCAGCACUCUCGACCUAUGCAAAUGAUGUUAACGCGCCACUUGGUUAUUGGAUCAGCCGUCAUCUCAAGGUCGAGGUAGGAAUCCAAUCUGUGGCCUUGCCGAAAGGCGAAAGGGAAAAUAAUGCGGACUAUACCAUUAGAAUCAUAUCAGCGGCAACAUCACCACCAGCAGCAGCAACAGACGCUUGUGCGAGUAUAGAACAGUACCUUGCCAACACGAAUGACGACAGUUACGACAGCAGCACUACGCCAAGCUUUAUAAACGACGUGAUUUUUCAAGGCCAGACAGAGAGCGAUGAAGACGAGGGCGACACCACUGAGAAUGGUAACAUUAAACAGCAAGCAGUCAUGUUGUUGGUGGAUGAAGAAGAUCAUCUGGACACUGCAUGGCUGCAGCUCGUAUGUGAAAUGCAUACACGAGGAGAUAAUAACGCUGCAGUGCAUCUUGCAACCACCGGUCGCGGAAACUUGGGUGCCAACGAAGUUGUCACAGCACUCACAGUCCAUGAUGCAAAAUGCGCGUCGUCUCUCUCCAAAGACCGCAUACACGACCUCCAGCUCAAGCAACCCAUUCAACAACUGGUGCCACGACUGACGCGGCUGGUGCAAAGUGCAAAGAUCCAAGUGCUAAUUCAUGUGCAACAAGAUGGCUUGGACGCGAUACAAACAAUGAAGCACAUGUUGCCAAAUGUAGCAAUCAUUGGGUUGCCGCAUCGCGAUCUGAGCCAUGUGACAUGGAUGUCAGAGCUGCCGGUUGAUACCCUCCACCAAUGGCACGAUUUCACAGUCAAAUUGGUACUGGCUACGGAGAGCGACGACGCACCACCCUUCCAACGGCUGCUGCAAUCAGUGCAAGGCGCUGGAUACUUGGGUGAUACAGUGGACAUUUCGAUCUUCAUGGAGUAUACGAGCAAUGUCAAAACACAACGACUCUCGGAAACUCUAUUCUGGCCACAUGGCGAAAAAGACCUCCGACAUCGCAUCGUGCCUACGAAUCGUGCAUCGAUGUUUGUCGAAUCGUGGUAUCCGUCAAGCGACCACGAAUAUGCAGUGAUACUAGACGACGGCAUGGAAGUAUCGCCGCUGUUCUACAUCUGGGUCAAAUACAGCAUUCUCAAGUACCGGUACACCCCGACGCCACAGCGCAACCUGUUUGGCGUCAGCCUGUAUUCGCCACGGAUGGUCGACACAGGCAAAGUGCGCGAGCUGUUUGAGCCCCCGAGUGGAUACACUCCUUAUUUGAUGCAAGCGCCAUGCAGCAUGGGCGGGGGUGCCGUUUAUUUUCCUGAACAUUGGCGAGAGUUCCACGACUACAUGACUGCUCGCAUCGCCGACCAAGAUUCGCACAAGCUUCAGACAAUCGAGGUGCCCGGCGCACGGUCGCGUCGCUGGAUGCACUCCUGGCGACGCUAUCUUGACGAACUCGUGUAUCUGCGGGGCAACGUCAUGCUCUACCCGAACUUUGAAGACAACGCCAGUUUCUCGACUCGACACCAACUGCCCGAACACUCCACCAAACACGCUGACGAAGACAAUCUUGAUCUGCCGGGCGCUGCCAAGGCAGUGGCAGCCUUGUACGAUGUGCCGCUCCUCGUCGAUACCUUCACGCUACCCGAUCGGCACUUGCCGGACUGGGGAGACCUGCCUGUUCUGGACUUGUUUGGGAGACCUGCCACGUUAGAGACGCUCGCUGAGCGAGGGCAGGAAUUGCAGCAGCAGGUAUCUGCAUGCACUGUCACUCGUUCCGCAAAGCACGACUAUGAUCCCUCUGACCUGCUGUGUCCGUAUGCGCGUGUGUUUGUGGAGAAGGAGGAGGAGGAUGAGGAGGGCGACGGUGACACGAAGACAAAGAAAAAGAAGACGAAAAAGAACCGUGUAUUACCAACAAAGUUGGUGACGCUGUAUGUACCCGCUACUGCCACUGCUUCUGAUGCUGCUGGAGCUGAAGUUACCGAAUAA